AUGAAGAGAGUGUCUCCUGUUAACAUCUCUAAAUUGGAUCCUUCUAAUGAUUGGAAAAUGGCUUUAAUGGAAAUAGCUACCAUAAAUUAUAAUUUCCUAUUUGAUGAUGCAAUGGCUGAGCUUGGUUGUGAAGUUCACUCAUUUGAUCCAAGCAUGGGAAACACCAUGGAACAUGUCCGACCUAAUGGAGUCCAUUUCCAUCCCAUUGGUAUUGGAGGAAGUACUAACGAUCUAUUUUCUCCAAGAAAUGACCGGUAUACGAAAAAAAAUCCAAAACAGGUGUGGAAAGUAAGAACACUACGUCAAAUAAUGGAAUCUUUAGGUCAUCAGGAUAAAUACUUUGAUAUUUUGAAGAUGGAUAUAGAAUAUUAUGAAUGGGAGGCUCUUGAAAGUAUCUUAAAGGACAAUCUUACGGCAAGAAUUCGUCAGCUUGAUAUCGAGUUCCAUAUUUUCCCGGACACAUCAAAUACAAAAAUUGCAAACUUUCUAAAGAUUUAUCAGACUUUUAAAGAGGCCGGAUUCAGACGAUAUGCUAGCAAAAUGAACUAUUAUAAAACUAACGAAAAACGAAUACAGACAGAUUGUGAAUAUGUGAAUUUAAAAUUUGACUUCAAUAAGUAUCAAGUACUUUGAGGGGAAUUGUUUGAGGUUUUAUAUUUAAUUUGAGAAAAAUGGGAUAUAUAUUUUUAAUACAAAUGUAUGAUACUGAUGUUGACGACAUCGCAUUUCUGGAAAGACUUUUCGCAGAAAAGUUCGAAAUCAAAAACUUCAAAUCUAUUUUAGCUAAAAUAACUCUCUUUUGUGAUGACUUCGAUAACCACACAAGCAAAAUCUUCCUCUCGAAUAUUUCCCCACUGAAAUCAGUAUGAAAGUAUUAGUAUUACUUCCUAUAUUUUAGUCGUAAUAUCUUUUUAUGCAUUUGUACAUAUAAACAACUGUACCAUAUCCACUGACAUCUGUGGUCAUCCAGAUAGUAUUUCUUUCUACUUAUAACAAUAGAAAAAUUGAACCUGUAUAUGAUGA